AUGGUGCGCUCAGUGAGGCACAAGGGCCAUAGAGCUUUCAAUCCUCGGCCGUUUUUUAUUAGUGUUGCGAUCUUUACCCUUCUGGCAUUCACGAGUUGGAUCGCCGGCUGGUCUGGCAAAGGCCAAUUAGCAGCAUCCAACAUCGCAAUUCAGAAGCGUGCGGACCAUGGAGCGGAUUUCCUCAACAUCUCAUCGCUCAACACAACUGAUGAAGAGCUAGAGUGUCGACUUGUUCGUCACGCAGACGACCAGUGUGCAUUCGUCAAGCAAAAUUGUCCCGAUGAGGCUGGGCUGUUUCCCUACAUUGAGCUCUACUAUUGUAAUCUUCGUCAUGUCCAACCUAUCGCCUUCACCAUUAUCGUAGCUUGGCUGUCGAUGCUCUUCAGUACUAUCGGUAUUGCUGCCAGUGACUUUCUUUGCAUCAACCUCAGUACUAUCGCCAGUAUCUUGGGCAUGAGUGAGAGUCUGACAGGGGUGACCUUCCUAGCAUUUGGUAAUGGCAGUCCUGAUGUCUUUUCGACCUUUGCUGCGAUGGGUUCCAACAGUGGCAGUCUGGCUGUCGGGGAGCUUAUUGGAGCUGCUUGUUUCAUCACCGCCGUGGUCGCCGGGUCAAUGGCUCUCGUGAGACCUUUCCGAGUAGCACGUCGCAGUUUUGUUCGUGAUGUUGGAUAUUUCAUUAUUGCCGGGAGCUUCAGCCUAGUAGUUCUUGCAGACGGGGAACUACAUGUGUGGGAAUGUGUCACAAUGAUCGGCCUUUACGUCUUCUAUGUAGUGAUGGUUGUAUCGUGGCACUGGUAUCUCACCCAAAAGCGCCGAAGGUUUGAAAGAGAAUUUGCCGCCAGGGCUCAGUUUCAUAUUCCUCAGAGCCAGGAGCUGGACUUGGAAGAACCAUAUACAGACGAUGAUCCUGUUGCAGGAGAAACACGGAGCCCUCUCCACGCCCAACUAGCUCCAGACUUUGAAGAAUUGGGAAUACCAGCUUGGAAGGAUGCCGAAGAUGAAGACGAUGAAACACGCAACAGAUACCUUGCUGAAAUUCGUGAAAAUAUGCAUGUGACUAGGCCCACGCCGCCUCGACGACGUACCACUGUUAACCCCAUUCGACCAAGUCUAGUCGGAGCUUUGGAAUUUCAAUCGGUUCUUUCCUCUCUCAAAAAGGCAAAGAACAUUCGUGAUGAUACGAUUGAUCUUCCCCAGUAUUCAGAUGAUAAUAUUGGUGAUCAACUUUCACAUCGAAGGCGUGCCUCUACCUUUUUGAGCCGAAACCGUGGGGAUUCUAAUACACACGGGCAAGAUGGCCGGAAUCGCCUUCGAUCUGUUUCAAUGAAUGAUGCCUCCGGUACACAAGCUGACGCUGCUGUCAAUACAAAUCAGAACGCACCUCCCCGGCUUGAAGUGCCUCAAAAUAACGUCUAUUUACAUUCUGAAUACCGAGACGGAUCGUCCAUUGUUGAGUCACCUUUUAUUAUGUCACCAGCGGCCUCAUCAAAUAACUCGACUCGUUCUCCUACGCCUCCGCAUUCACCGACAAGGCAGUCAUCUGAUCUGUUGACUGUUCCGAGUGAGAAUUUCCGUGCUCCCAAUUACCAAGCAUCUCCGCUGUCACAUAGCAUUUCUCCCUCUGAUGUCUCGCCAUUAUCCAGCUCCUAUGCCUUGGGCACCACUGUCAGUUCUGAGGACAAUAGCGAAACGAGCUCUAUUGUGGCUUUUCCAUCGUUUCUUGAUUCGCCAGCUCCAGCAUCUCCGUUAUCACAUCUGCCAAAUGCAUUUCCCCCUCCUGCGUGGGCAACAUCGGGGGCAGGGCUGGAGGGCCUUGUCGAAGGAGCCAGUCCUGGGUCAACAAUUUACAGAUCGAUGCCGCGCCGAUUUCUUCCUCCUAUUCAGCUUGUAUUUGCUACGCUCUUUCCCACAUUAUGCAAUUGGCGCACAAAAACUGUUUUUGAGAAAUUGCUAGGUGUGGUGGCUGCCCCCAGUGUUUUUAUCUUGACACUCACGGUUCCAGUAAUGGAUCCUAGUCGGGGCGAUGCAGAAAGUGAAGUUGAACUAAGUGCAAGUGCAAGUGACGAGGACCAACCAAGGCCAAUCAUACGCCUACCUGAUGACUCGCCAAUGCUGCCUCCAAGCAAUGCGUCGCCCAGUGUGGAUUAUCAACUUUUGGAUCCGAUACCUGUAGAUAGACAGAGGCUUGAUUCUGAGAUGCCAGCUGUGCCGACACAGUCUAACGAAACUUCCUCACAAACAACGACAAGAUCUUGGUGUCGCUGGCUCACUAUAGUGCAGGCAUUCACUUCUCCUUUCUUUGUUGUGGUCGUCGGCUGGUACAACAUAGACGGUGACCACAAUCCACGAAACUUGGUUAUUCCUAUUCUUAGCGGUCUUCUACUGUCGCUGGUCAGCGCAGCUACACUAAUCAUCGUUCUCAAGAACCGCGAAUUGUCCCAGCCGCCCAACUGGCUUCGACCAGUUCUCUCCUUUAUCGGCUUCAUUGUCGGCAUAUGCUGGAUCGCGACGAUUGCAGACGAAGUCGUAAGUCUGCUCAAGACAAUAGGAGUCAUCAUGAACAUCAGCGACUCACUUCUCGGCCUCACCGUCUUUGCCGUGGGCAAUUCCCUCGGCGAUCUCGUCGCCAACGUCACCGUGGCCCGCUUGGGGUUUCCCGUCAUGGCCCUGAGUGCGUGCUUUGGAGGGCCAAUGCUGAACAUCUUACUCGGCAUCGGCAUUGGUGGUUUGUACAUGUCAUGGCAUUCAACCCAGCACCAGCAGACAUUAUCCGCUGGCGCCGUCCCAAACGGACCAUACCGAAUCGUAAUCUCAAAGACCUUGGUAAUCAGCGGCGUGACGCUUCUCGUCACCCUUUUGGGCCUUUUGAUCAUCGUUCCGCUGAACAACUGGAAAAUGGAUCGGAGAAUCGGCUGGGGCCUUGUCGCGCUUUGGGUGCUAAGUACGUUGGGAAAUGUCAUUGCCGAGGUUGUUAUAUAG